AUGCCUGGUGCCUUUGGACACAGAAGAGAACUUGCUAACCCUGGACCAGACGCUGCAGGUCACGUCCUCUUGGGACAGGCUGAGCAGCAGCAGCGCUUAGCUCAGGCUAGGAGGCGUGGCUUGGCAGAGCUGCCUUGUUUUUUCCGGAGUUAGCCAUUCUCUCCACAUCACCGUGCAUCCUGGCUCUUAAGAUCCCGACCGGGCUUGGAGAAAUUAUGUCCUGGCACCCAGCCUGCUUUCCUGGAGCACGGUGUCGGGCUGAGGACAGAGCCCGGCCGCUCCACCUGACGAUGACACUGCCGUCUCGCUUCUGCGUGCUCACUGGUGAGUAAGAGCAGAGGGAGAGAGCCUUGCUGAGCACCGUGUAUUGCACGCCCAGGCCUCGGCUGUAUGAUGCCACCAGUAAAUGCAUCGAUCGGACUAGGAUGAGUCACCUGGCUGGCCAAUCGAGACUGCAGCAGUUCUCCACGCCUGACGUGGUGGCACUGUUACAGAGGGUGGCAGGAUAGACCUGCGCAGCCGUCGUGGCCGGCUCCCUGGGAUGCUGGGCGGAGGAGAUGACAGCCAACUGCUCCAGCAGCUCUGCGUGCCCUGCCAACGGCUCGGAGGAGGAGCUGCCUGGGAUGCCAGAGGCGCGCGGGGGCCUGGGACUGGUCUUCACCGUGGGGUCCGCUGUGAUGAUAGCCAUGGUCAUGUUCUCUCUGGGGUGCUCCGUGGACGUCCGGAAGCUCUGGCGGCACCUCAGGAGACCCUGGGGCGUUGCCGUGGGACUGCUCUGCCAGUUCGGGCUUAUGCCGCUGACAGCCUAUCUCCUGGCGGUGAGCUUUGCUCUGAAGCCCGUGCAAGCGGUCGCUGUCCUCAUCAUGGGGUGCUGCCCCGGGGGGACCAUCUCCAACAUCUUCACCUUCUGGGUGGAUGGAGAUAUGGAUCUCAGCAUCAGCAUGACGACCUGUUCCACAGUGGCUGCCCUGGGAAUGAUGCCCCUCUGCCUGUAUCUCUACACCUGGUCCUGGGACCUGGCCCAGAGUCCCACCAUUCCGUAUCAGAACAUAGAUCGGGGCCGUUGCCGGUGGGCUCCUCCUGCUGGUGGUCACCGUCGCCGGUGUGGUGCUGUCAAAGGAGUUCUGGAAUUCAGAUACCAACUUUCUGACCAUAAGUUUCGUCUUCCCUCUGAUCGGUCACGUCUCGGGCUUCCUGCUGGCUUUCCUUACCCGCCAGUCCUGGCAAAGGUGCAGGACAAUUUCCCUAGAAACCGGAGCUCAGAACAUCCAGAUGUGUAUCACCAUGCUUCAGCUAUCAUUCACUGCUGAGGACCUGGUGCAGAUGUUUAACUUCCCGCUGGCUUAUGGCUUCUUCCAACUGCUGGAUGGACUUCUCAUUGUUACAGUGUAUCAGGUAUACGAGCGACUGAAGAGCAAACACAGAGGGCAGAGCUGGGAUUGCGCAGAAGCCCCAGCUGAGCGGACAUCCAAGGAGACCCGUGCUUUCUUGCCGGGAGAUGAAGCAGCAGCGGUAACCCCUAGGCCAUCGGGGCCAGGGGGUCCCCACGGGGUUCUGGGGCCGAGCAGCCCCUUCACUUCCUGUGAACAGUGUGGACUUGCUGGCCAGACAGGGCCCUGCCUUCCGGAGCAGCCAGGGAAGACGGUGGGAGCUGCUGCCUGGACGUCCUCGGCAGAGCCUUGUGAAUGUUUAAGCAUCCAGUGUUAGAAAACUUGCUUGCAUUUGUGUGCGGGUUGUGAGCUGCAGCAGCAUCACUGUCUGAGGUCUUCUUCUCCUUCAAGGGGCUCUUUGGGGCCCGCACGAUAGGGUCACUGCGUGUGUUCCUGCCUUCCUGGAGCAGGGCGUGCGCAAAGGGGCGGGACCUCAGUGCCAGAGGCGCGACACUCUUCUGUGGCUUUGCGUGCAGCAAGAGCCAGGACUCAGGGAGACGUGGCCUGCGGUGCAGUGCUGAGCCCAGCCCGGGUCCCUGUCACUUCCUGAGCCAGGGCCGGUCCUUGGAGCGCUCAGGAGGAAACUGUAGCUCUUACCGAACAAUGGGGCCCUUUUCUGAAACGCUGUUACUUACAAAGGGCUGGAAUAGCUUUUCUGAUUACAGAAACUCUAGAAGCUGAGAGGGAAGUUAAAGGAAACAUGAGGGCACAAAGCAAAAGCCUGUAUCUCACUCCCUAGAGGUUGACGCACCCACCUGCGUCCCGCUCUCUGUGCGCACACCGAGUCCUUUGAAGAACGUGAGCCUGACCCUGCCCGCGCUCUUGGCAGGGCACUGGGUGACAUCGCAGAGACUCUGUCCGGGGCUCCGCUGACCUACCUCACUCUGUACAGUGGCGGAGCCCGGGAAGUGUCACCACGCACCCGGCUGUGUUCGCAGACGUCCGGCACUGCCGCCCCCUUGCCGGCCCAGCUGCCCAGGGCGGGCUCCCUCCCGCUGCAGGGCCUGCUCCGCAGCCUCGCCGGACCAGGGACGCGUGCUGGCCACGUUGAACUGUGUGUGGAAACAUCUCCCUUGAAGCUCGUUUUCCCACUUGCGCACGCACACAGCACUGACGGUCUUUCCCGUUUGUGCCCUCUGCCUGCGUCUGCACCGCGCUGUUCGCUUUGUCGGUAUACCACAUCCGGGUGGUGACGGUGCGUUUGCUCCACGUGUGGCCAGCACUUUACUUACGGUCUUUUAUCUCCUUUCUAUAAUGUACACAGUGUUAUAAUUUUCACACAUUCAGCUCUAUUCAUCUUUUAAAAUGUUUGAACAUUCUAAAUGUUAGUAUAUUUAUAUGUUUUGUGUGGCACAUGACUCAGUGAAGAGGUACUUGGCUCCUUUUCAGGAGUCCAUGUGGGGACAUAACAUGUUUAUGCACUGCAGUGUGUGCAUAACAGAGCCUGCAGUAGGUAAGCCCGUCUUUCUCCAUGCUGACAUCAUUAAAGAUACCGUCCCCUAUAUUUUUCUACUACUUUGAUGGUCGGAGGAUGUACAUAUUUAUCCUAUUUUUAAAUUCAGUUUUUGGCAUGUUAAAAAUCUAAUUUUUUUAUGCUUAAGUAUUCCAAGAUUAUAUAUUUAAUCAUUGUGUUAGUCA